CGAAAAAGAUAUACAUGGAAAUAUCACUUUUAGGUGUACUUCAUGUGAGAAACAAUAUACUCGAAAACAUCAUUUGAAGCAGCACCAUAAUAAAUGUAGUCAACCCACCACAUCCACAUCCGCCUCUAUAGACGGUCAAAUAUUUGACCAGCUUGCAGCAUCCGAAAAUGAUUUUAGAAAAUUGUGUUUAGCAUUGGGACUACCACCUCAGAAUAAUACACCAUCCGCUGAUGCAAUCAAAGAAGUUGUCAAUAAAUUAAUAAUGAACAUUGAUUGUCAGGCUCCUGAACAGAACAACCAGGCUGGUGAAGGUGAUGUAACUUCUCAACAGGGUGAAAUUGAGGAACCUAUGGAAGUUAUUCAGGAGGAGCAUGAACCCUAUGAGAAUGAAGAUGGAACUGUUGACGAGGGACUUCGAAAAAUUUACAAAGACAACCAUCAUAUAAUAUAUUCACCUCACAGACGAGGAAAAAUCAUUCGAGAAUACAAUUUCCAUAUCCCCUCUGGAUCUCCUACUUUAGAUGAUUUUCAUAAACAACUCAAUGAAAUUUACCAGGAACAAGUCACAUCCUUCAAAAUUAACCUGAGUUUAGCUAUAGUUUUAGCUCACAGAGAAACUGGACAAUUGAGAUAUUUCUACGCUCACAAUAAUGAAAGCAUAUUGCAGUCUCCUACCUUGAUAACUGACAGAAGUGAUAUUGAGACCAUCAUGCAAAAAUUGAGAGAGCUGAACUUAGCAGAGGAAAUUUGGCGCCAACGUCCAGACACAAAAUGGAUUCCAUAUAGAGUCGUAAAUACUAGAUGGUCAGUGUAUGGAUUAGACUUUCCUUUGGGUACAGCCAUUCUUCUUCCCGAUUACAUCCGAAAAAAUAAAGCCAUUGUCUCUUUGAAUAAAAAACCAUACAGAGCAGAACUUUACAAGGAUAAUUUAUGCGCCUUUCGUUGUCUGGCGUACCACAAAACUAAAAGUAUUGUCAAAUUACAUCCUCAUGUGGAUCCCCUUGUUCAAAAAUGGAAGGAAGUAACAGAAAAACAGAGAAUAUGUGGCGUCACUUUGAAAGAAAUGCCAUUGUUCGAAGAUACUUUCAAAAUUAAUAUAAACAUUCACAGUAUAGAUAAAGACAGAGUGGCUACAAAAAUCUACACUAGCACCCUCAACCACAAUGAUACUAUGAACCUUAACCAAUAUGACAAACAUCUGAGCUAUAUCACUAACAUGGGGAUGUACAGCCGCAAGUACAGAUGCCGCAAUUGUGACAAACUAUUUGACCGAACCACAAACCUAAAGAGACAUGAAAGUAAGUGUAAAGAAGCGACAGCAUUUAAAUUUCCGGGAGGCUACUAUAAUUUAAACCCUUCUCUGUUUGAGAAGCUAGAGUCGAAUGGGUAUGAUACGUCUAA